AGCAAGCUAGCUAGCUAAAUGUCCACGAAUGUUUCGACCUGUUCCCAAAUUAAUAUAGGUCGUUCAGAGUUAUUUUUUAAAUUUCAAACUGCGUGUCCUGAAUGCGUUUGGGGUGGAUGGACUCAAUCUACGUGUCCGUUGUGGUCAGUGACAACAUGGUAACGUCAGUGCCAUAAUUCUGUUAACAAAUGAAAACACAUCCAGAGAUGUCAUUUGAUCCACACAUGCAGAUUCGACAGUUCUACCUGGAAAGUGUUGUUUUGAAAUGAUUGGAUACCUCACAACAACAACAAAAAAGUGAUUUGAUUUAUUUAUAACUAUGGAAAUAUGUUCUUCACUGCUUAUUCUGUUCAUGUAGCAUUUAUUACAAUCUUGGUUUACAAAAUACAAGUCAACAGGUGUUUGUUUGUGGAUCGUGAAUUACAUUUGUGCAUAUUUGUUACGGAUCACGGCGCCAUUAAAUCAACACGCCCACUAGAACGCGGAUGUGUAAAAACAAUGUUUCCGACAUUCUACUCGGUUUGUGUGACAUCACCUUGACAACGGCCGGUCACUAGGCUUCUCUCCAGAGAAGAAGCAGACCGGGACGGGAGACCGGGCACGGAGCGGGCACUACUCUCCGUGCUGCAAAGCGAGCGGGGCUCCAACCGGGGCUAAAUCCUACCACAUGCCUGUUAAGGACAGUGGUGCAGCCGGUCGGAUCAUGUUCCACACGUCUGCUCCCCUAGGUCUCCUCACAGCUACGGUGCCCAGCGGAGAAUGGAGAAGUGUCAGGAUGACCGGCCGAAGAGGAAGGGGAGGAGAAAAGAGGAGGAGUGAGGUGUGGCUUCCUGGACCUCCCAGAGGGCCGUGGGUGGACUGGCUCUCUCACACCUCCUUCAGGAGGCUGCAGGUCAAGUUAGAAUCUGAGAACCAAGAAGCUAGAGCCAUCACCCAGCCCUUACUGGACACAGAGAAUGGCUUUGUCAAGGUGACCACAACACAAUCAGAGAAUGGCAUUGUCAAGGACCUGGAGCGUUUUCUGUGCCGGCAGGAAAGGGCGGAGCUUCGUAAGAGAGAGCUGCUCCAUAAGCGUUGGACGGAGCGUGUCUGGACCCCUGUUCAGAAGAGGAGCGUGGAGGACCAAGUGUCCCACUGCUGCUGUGACGAGGCAGAGAGGAUUACAAUACACUGUAAUAUACACUACUGUAACUCAAAGGGCCGCCCAGAUCAUAGCCACGGUCACACCUGACGGGAGAUGUCUGCUGACACCUGGCUGGUCCUACACAGGAUAACGGCCAUUAAACAGGGCUUGAGAGCACAGCGUCCUGUAGUGUCACUGUUGGGAAAUAGGCCCAGCAGCCGUAGAUACACUAGACACAGGUAUUCAAUCAGCUCUUUGUCGACAGAGGGUAGUUCAGCAGCCGUAGAUACACUAGACACAGGUAUUCAAUCAGCUCUUUGUCGACAGAGGGUAGUUCAGCAGCCGUAGAUACACUAGACACAGGUAUUCAAUCAGCUCUUUGUCGACAGAGGGUAGCCCAGCAGCCGUAGAUACACUAGACACAGGUAUUCAAUCAGCUCUUUGUCGACAGAGGGUAGUUCAGCAGCCGUAGAUACACUAGACACAGGUAUUCAAUCAGCUCUUUGUCGACAGAGGGUAGCUCAGCAGCCGUAGAUACACUAGACACAGGUAUUCAAUCAGCUCUUUGUCGACAGAGGGUAGUUCAGCAGCCGUAGAUACACUAGACACAGGUAUUCAAUCAGCUCUUUGUCGACAGAGGGUAGUUCAGCAGCCGUAGAUACACUAGACACAGGUAUUCAAUCAGCUCUUUGUCGACAGAGGGUAGUUCAGCAGCCGUAGAUACACUAGACACAGGUAUUCAAUCAGCUCUUUGUCGACAGAGGGUAGUUCAGCAGCCGUAGAUACACUAGACACAGGUAUUCAAUCAGCUCUUUGUCGACAGAGGGUAGUUCAGCAGCCGUAGAUACACUAGACACAGGUAUUCAAUCAGCUCUUUGUCGACAGAGGGUAGUUCAGCAGCCGUAGAUACACUAGACACAGUAAAAUCCACAGUAAAACGAGGUGCCAAACAGUUCUAUUGUUGUUUCAUCAGACCAGAGGACAUUUUACCAAAAAAGUACGAUCUUCGUCCCCAUGUUGCAAACCAUAGUCUGGCUUUUGUAAUGGUGGUUUUGGAGCAGUGGCUUCUUCCUUGCUGAGUGGUAUUCAAUCAGCUCUUUGUCGACAAGGGUAGUUCAUGCUUGAGCAUACAUUGUUUCCUGAAAACCAUGUAUUUGAUAUUAUUCCUCCCCAAUUAAAGGUGACACCAAUCUCCUGUGCUGUACCCCAACACAUACAAGGUCCCUCACUAAGGUCCCUCAGUCGAGCAGUGAAUUUCAAACACACAUUCAAGCACAAAGUUUUUCAAUGCCUCGUAAAGAAGGGCACCUAUUGGUAGAUGGGUACUUUUUUUUUUAAAGCAGACAUUGGAAUAUCCUUUUGAGCAUGGUGAAGUUAUUAAUUACACUUUGGAUGAUGAAUCAAUACACCCAGUCACUACAAAGAUACAGGCGUCCUUCCUAACUCAGUUGCCGGAGAGGAAGGAAACCACUCAGGGAUUUCACCAAGGAGCCAAUGGUGACUUUAAAACAGUUACAGAGUUUAAUGGCUGUGACGGGAGAAAACUGAGGAUGGAUCAACAACAUUGUAGUUACUCCACAAUACUAACCUGAAUGACAGAGUGAAACGAAGGAAGUAUGUACAGAAUAAAAAUAUUUCAAAACAUG